UGCAAAUUUCGAUUUAGACUCUGGCCAAAAUUAAAUUAAAUAAAAAGGAGUACGUACAAAAUUCUUCAUCUUUUUCCUUUUGUUUCGUUUCAAUUUGGCAACUGUAAACAGGAGUUUUGUGUGCAACAUUUCAUAUUGUUGAAAUAAAAAAUAUGUUUUGAAAAAUAAAACCGGUGCUAAUGCUCCCCAAACGGAUGACAUGUGAAUGGAAAUCAUCUACAUAAAAAAGAUUUCAUCAUCUUGAAAAGCCACUAAUAAAAUAAAAUUAAACGUAGAAUUGGGAAUUAAUCUAAUACAUUUAACGAAGCAAACCACUCACCAUCAACAGCAUCACAAGAAGAAAUUGAAGAAAAAUGAUUUCGAUAAAAGUUCAUUGUAACAUAAUAUUUGGUUUUAUGGUCAUAUGCGUCAAUAUUGGCUGCCAUUGGGGCUGCUAAUGCUGGGGCAGAUGUUUUGUUGUUACUUCCAAUUGAAAUAAAAAAAUACAACAAUAAGCCACGUUUAGAACAGCAACAACAACGACGAUUUCCAGCUAAAAGAUAAAUGCUAAAUGAUAAUGAAUAAUGCAAUCGGCCGCAUUGGAAACGUUACAUCAUCCAACUUUAUCAAUACUAAUAGAUCUGUGCCAUAUUGGGAAUAUGCCGCCUUGCUACAACCACUGGCCGCGAACAUACCGAGAGCACAUAAUAUGGCUGCGCAACAGGCACAGAAAGAACAACAUCCGCCAGAGCUGUUGCUGCAGCAAUCAAACUUACCCGCCUUCUCAAGAAACGACAAUCACAGCCCUGCAUCAGCGCCGUCUACGGCAGAGACCACUCAAACACCUGCGUCACAAUUCUAUUCGAGUUUCAAUAUCUCAGAUGAUCUCUUUUACUACUUCAAUGGGUUCCUGGAGCGUGGAAACGCUCCGGAAGUCUCAACCUCGCCGACACCUGUUGAAACUAUUACCACACCCGCGGAAACCUUCAACGUCACGAGCAUACCUCAAGAGCCGGACUUUAGCGAGUUCCUCAGUGCAUUGCCCAAUGAUCGUGUUAGCCUGCUGUCCUUCCUAUUUCUCUUUUCUUUUGCCACUGUGUUCGGUAACUCACUGGUCAUCUUGGCCGUCAUAAGGGAGCGUUAUCUCCAUACAGCCACAAAUUAUUUUAUUACAAGUCUGGCGGUGGCUGAUUGUCUGGUUGGCUUGGUUGUGAUGCCUUUUUCCGCCCUUUACGAGGUGCUGGAGAAUACUUGGUUCUUUGGGACGGAUUGGUGUGAUAUUUGGCGCUCAUUGGAUGUUCUCUUCAGUACGGCUUCCAUACUCAAUCUUUGUGUAAUAUCGCUGGAUCGAUAUUGGGCUAUAACAGAUCCCUUCUCAUAUCCUAUGCGCAUGACUGUAAAAAGAGCUGCCGCUCUUAUAUGCGCAGUAUGGGUGUGUUCGAGUGCCAUAAGUUUUCCUGCGAUAGUGUGGUGGCGUGCAGCCCGUGAUGGCGAGAUGCCUGCCUACAAGUGUACCUUUACGGAGCACUUGGGAUAUCUGGUCUUUUCCUCUACAAUAUCCUUUUAUCUGCCGUUACUCGUGAUGGUAUUUACGUAUUGUCGUAUUUAUAGGGCGGCCGUAAUACAAACUCGUUCACUGAAGAUCGGUACCAAACAGGUACUCAUGGCCUCCGGUGAACUACAGUUAACGUUACGUAUCCAUCGUGGCGGUACCACACGAGAACCCUCGACCAGCUCUCACCAUCAGGCGCUGCACGGUUCGCUGGGUGGGGCGCCGAGUGGCGGAUCGCAACAUCACCCCCACUCACAUCACCAUCACCGCACUUCGCACCACAAUCACAGUGCCGCGGGGACAACCACCUCAACGCCGGAGGAACCGGACGACGAACCUCUAUCGGCAUUACAGAACAAUGGUUUGGCACGGCAUCGUCACAUGGGCGGCAAGAAUUUCUCAUGGUCUCGCAAACUGGCAAAAUUCGCCAAAGAAAAGAAAGCUGCCAAAACUUUGGGCAUUGUCAUGGGUGUGUUUAUUGUUUGUUGGCUGCCAUUUUUCGUUGUAAAUUUGCUGUCAGGCUUUUGUAUGGAGUGCAUAGAACACGAAGAAAUUGUUUCAGCGGUUGUUACUUGGUUGGGCUGGAUUAAUUCCGGCAUGAAUCCUGUAAUUUAUGCAUGCUGGAGCAGAGAUUUCCGAAGAGCUUUUGUGCGUAUAUUGUGUGUAUGUUGUCCACGUAAAAUACGGCGAAAAUAUCAACCAACGAUGCGUUCAAAAUCUCAGCUUAGCAGUUGCAGCUCCUGCAGUGGGAGUAGCAACUGCGGUAGAAAUAGUGUGGUACACCAUCACCACCACCAUCACCCGCAUCAUCAUCAAGAACAACUGCAGCAACAACAGCAGCAGCAAUUUCAACGCGAACGUUCCUGUACACGAUGUCAAAGUUUCCAUCGACACCACCACCGGCAAAGGAGAAGAUCCUCGGGUGUUCAUUACACUGCAGCCACCAAUGUGAUGUCGAAUACCACCAAGGCCAUAGUGACGGUAACACCACCCAUUACUGCCGGUGGUGCAUCACGUUUAUCUACGGCAACCACAACAUCCGUAUCGCCAACAUCUUUAACCAGUCUAUCAUUGGCAUCUCCCUGCAAUUUAAACAAUUCCGGUCACUUGAGCGGUGGUGCAACAACACCACUGCAUCCUGGUGUCAGUAAACAUUGCACAUUUGCCUUGACCCCUAUCACGAUAGCACCACCGCCAAACAAGGUGUCUUUCCUAUCAACCGCAAAAUUCCAUACGAAUUCUAUCAAUUCAAGUAGUGCAACAAUUGCAACCACUCCAACACUACCACAACCACCACCCAACACUCUUGCUGCCGCCGCAGCAGCAAUUUCUUCAAUUAUUACGCCUUCAACACCGCCGACACCUGCAAUUGUUGAUGAAGAUGAAACUGCCAUGGUCGAUUUAAUGAAUUCGCACAUUCAUCCGAAAUUGGAAAUGCGACCAAGUGUUACAAGUCAAAUUACCACAGUGGAAGAUGUUGAUGAAAUUUGUAAACUUCCGCUGGACGAUGAAUGCGUCGAUGCUGUCAUUCAUCAUCAACAUCGCUAUUCCAGUCCAUCGUCCAAUUCCUCGUUAUCGUUAUCUUCGUCCGCUGUUAUGACACGUGAUAACAUUGUUCCUUAAGGUUAGUUAAUUAAACGUUUAAUGAUUUUCGUUUUUUUUAUAAGUUUCUUCCAAAACUAAGUAGUCUUCCAAAGAACAUAAUUAAAUGAAAAUAAAUUAUUAGCGAAUAUUACUUGUUUUUUUAUAAUCUCAAAUAAUUUCAAACUUUUUAGUUUUAAGUAUAUAUUUAUUAAAUCUUUCUGUGAUAAACAAUGAUCUCGUUACAAAUGUCCUAUUUUUUAAAACUCUUUUGUGGAGUGCAUUACAUUACAAAUUAUCUCAUUCUUUACUGAAUAAGUUUACAUUCAUAACGAGUUUGUUUUUGAUUAAUCUAUGUAAAAACACAAGCUUUUUAUUUAUCAAAUCCCAUGAUUAUGAUAACUUUUUCUCAAUCGCUAGUGAUAAUUCGACCUUAGGUCAUUGGUUAUUUACAUUCUCUUAAGUACUUCAUAUUUAAAAUGGAAAACAAUCCCGAAUUAUCACAUUCAUGAUCGAAUAAGCUUUUUUUGUAUCGGAGAGAAUUUUCGUUAUCGUAAUAAAGUCUGUUAUUGAUUCUUUUACUCCCGCGUUCCUUCUCACAUAUAAUUUACUUUUGUUCAUUUAUUUACUAAAGUUUAGUCAGCCUGAACAAAUAAUUGUUAUACACGUGUGGUAGCGGAAUUUAAUUAUCACAGCAACAAUAGAAAAAGCAAAGAAAAAAGUGUGUACUAUUGUUAUAAUUUAUUGGAUUUAAUUAUGUAGGUUUGUUUUUUUUAUUAUAUAAUUAGUUAUAUUUAUAUUGUUAAAUCUUGUACCUGCUAUUUAUCACAACAACAACAACAAAAAAACAAUUAAAACAGAAAAUAAAACAUAAUCACUCUUUAAUGUGAAUUAAUACAUAUUAAUCAUUAAAAUACAUAAAAUAUAGAAAAAUAAAACUACCAACAAUCAAAUACACAUUAUUAACUCUUACAAAAAAAGUUCAAAUUUAAACAGAUUGUAAAAUGUUCCUUUAAUUAUUUUUUUUAUAUUUAAAUGAAGUAACUAAAUAAUAAAUACUCUAUAAAUAAAUGUAUAUUUUAAAUCAGAAACAUACACACAGCUAAACGUCAUAUACAUAUGUGUAAAUUCAUAUGUAUGUAUGUACAUAUGUAUUUGUAUUAAAUAACUAUCAUAAGUAACAGUAUAAGUAGAUUGUAAUAAAUAGAGACGUAUAUGUAUGUGUAAUUCGCAUUAUAUUAUGAUAAAUUUUGUAUUAUAUAAUUUACAUACAUUUACACAAUCGUUUAUUCUCUCAUCUCUUCACAUGAAUUAUUCCGUAUCCAUUGGUUGUGUGUUGGUGUUAGUGCACGAGUGUGGAGAAAAGUUUAACUUUGGAUCCAUAAUGAUGUCAAAAGUUACCCAUAAGGUUAAAAAUAGAGUGCAUAUAUUCAAAAUAAACACAAAAAUAUUUGUCAAAACGGGCUAUCUAAAAAGUCCUUUCGAACUACUACUACUAAAUCAAUUGGCUGGUCUAUUGACUUGUUAAUUUAUUACUGAAUAGACCAAUAAACAAACAGAUAGACAAACAAACUGGUCAGUAGAGAGGUCAAUUUUUCCUUCUUAAAAAUCAAUUCAAAAAGUGGUUUAUCAAAUUCGUAUGCAAGAUAUGAUUUUAAAUGGAUUUUUCAACAUGCCCUCGUAUACAAUAAUUUGAUUACAAACAUACAUAUAUCAUUAUAUUGCAUUAUAGUAAAUGUUACAUAAUAACACAUGCACACACUCAAACAUAUUUUAUAUUAAUAAUUUAUAUCUAAAUAUAAGUCCUAGUCAUACAUACAAACAAAAAAAAAAUUAUAAUACAUGAAUGUCUGUAUGUGAAUGAAAGUGAAUGAAUGAGUGAGUGGCUGAGGAUGAGUGAGAUUUAGAAUAUAUACAUAUAUAUGUAGGUAAGUAUGUAUAUUCGUAACGUACAAAUGUAAGUGUAAUAAAAAAAUACAAAAACACAUACAUACAUUCAGAAAUUAUAUAAAAAAAUAUAAUUUGUAUUAUACUAAAAUAGCUAAAUAAAUUAUAUUUAUAGUUUUCAUACACAUACAUAUGAACAAAAGGAAGAAAAACAAUAUUUCAUGCCUUCAAUUUUUAUUUCGUUACACAUUUAUUUGAUUAGUUACAAACAAACAGAAAUACAUAUGUUUAUUCUAAGUCAGUGUAUGUAUGUAUAAAUGUGCAAUAAUAAUUAUAAUAAUAAUUUAAUUAAUAAUAAUACAAUUAUCUAACAUUAAUAUUUUAGUAUACG